CAACUGUAGACAAUGGAUAAUAAAAUAGAAAGACAAUGUGAAGAUAAUGAUAAAGAAGAUAGUGAAGGAAAAGGGCAUGUUAUAUAUGGUAUAGAGGAUAAUCCACCUUUUUAUCUAUUACCUAUAUAUGCACUUCAGCAAACAAUAAUAUGCAUAUCAGGCACAUUAUCUGUACCUUUUUUGAUUGCCUCAACAAUAUGUGCUGCGGAAUUACCAAGUGUUCGAGCAAAGCUACUAAGCACCAGUUUCUUUAUGUGCGGUUUAGCGACCAUCAUGCAAGAUAUAAUUGGCACAAGACUGCCGAUAAUACAAGGUGGAUCGGGUACAUUUAUACCACCAAUACUAGCUAUGAUGACAUUGGACAAAUGGAAAUGUCCAGAUCAAGAACUCGUGGGGUUAAAUACAACUGAAGGUGAUGCAGCAUGGAUGGUGAGAAUAAGAGAGAUUCAAGGGAACCUGAUACUAGCAUCUGUAGCACAGAUAUUGGUUGGUGGAACUGGCUUGAUUGGUUAUAUAGUACCUCUUAUCGGACCGUUAACUAUAGCACCAACAAUAGCACUGAUUGGAUUGUCAUUAACUGGCGUUGUCAUUCAAUUUUCACAGUUUAAUUGGGGUAUAGCUUUCUUAACGUUGUGUUUGGUACUCAUAUUUUGUCUGUUUUUGGAGAAAGUGGAAGUUCCGUUUCCUGUCUAUACUAGAUAUAAAGGAUGUCGCAGACAAAAGAUUCGGAUAUUUUUUAUAGCACCUAUUUUAUAUGCCAUAGGAAUAGCCUGGUUGUUUUGUUACAUAUUUACUGUCACAAAUAUUUUCAGCCCAAAUACUCAAAAUGUGACUAACUAUGCUCGAACUGAUACCCAUUUACAAGUUUUACAAGAUUCACCAUGGUUUUACUUUCCAUAUCCAUUUCAAUUUGGAGUGCCUACUAUCAGUGGAGCUGGUUUUGUCGGCAUGUUCGCAGCUGUAAUAGCAUCAAUUAUAGAAUCUGUUGGUGAUUACUAUGCGGCUGCUCGUAUUUCACAAGUACCACCUCCACCCGCACAUGCAGUCAAUAGGGGUAUAUUAAUAGAGGGUGUCAGCAGUAUUAUAUCUGGACUUCUUGGUGCUGGUCAUGCAACAACAUCCUACAGUAGUUGUAUUGGUGCUAUAGCUGUAACCGGGGUAGCAAGUAGGCGAGUGUUUGUAACAGCUGGUGUUUUCUUAGUAAUUGUGGGUGUUAUAGGUAAAAUAGGUGCAAUAGUAACUCUUAUACCAGAACCAAUAUUAGGUGGUCUAAGUGCAGUUCUUCUUGGACUGGUAACUUCGGUGGGUUUGUCAACGUUACAGUAUGUCGAUAUGUCUUCUGCUCGUAACUUGACAAUUUUGGCUACAUCCUUCAUGGUUGGACUUUGUUUACCACAGUGGUUAUCUUCUCAGACGUUGACACUGGAUACAGGUUCUGUUGAGUUAAACCAAGUUAUAAGAGUGUUAUUGGGUACAGCAUCAUUUGUUGGUGGUAUUAUUGGAUUCAUGUUAGAUAAUCUAGUGCCGGGUAUGUACAGUACAAUUCUUUAUUUUCAUCAAUCAAACUCUUAG